CCCACCCCCCCCAAAAGGGAACUUAUAAGAACAGGGGAAAAGGACCUUGAGCAGCCAGUAUCGUCCUUACGUGUGGCUGGGAGACCCGACAGGAAAAUAUCAGUAAUCAAGAUGUCAGCAAUCCGGUAUGCUCUAUGGGCGGCGCUAACGCUGGGCGCGGCCACGGCUCUGCCCGCGGAGGGUGGGCGGCACAUCGUGUACAUCAACAACAACAAUUACCCUUCUCUGCUGUACAUCAACAACGCAAACGGCGGAAGGACAGCCAUGGACACGAACGAUGACAAUUCCGACAUCAUCCAGCUCAUCCUCUACCCUGUGGAUGAGGACGCAAAGAGGACCAGAAAGGCGACGGUCGUCCUUCAAGGAGAUGCCCAGGGCACGCUCACGCUGACCCAGAAGGAGCCUCCUGUGGGAGCUACCCACAUUGAAGGGGAGAUUCUCAACCUGACCCCAGGUCCACACGGUUUCCACGUCCAUGACCUGGGCGACCUCUCCGGCGGCUGCGUUACUGCUGGAGGUCACUACAAUCCUUAUAAGAAAAACCACGGCGCCCCCGAACACCGCGAGCGCCACAUCGGUGACCUGGGCAACAUCCAGGCGGACACCCAAGGGCGGGCUUACGUCAACGUCACCGAUCCCCUCGUGAGUCUCGUAGGCCCCCGGUCCGUCAUAGGGCGCGCCGUCGUCGUCCACGCCGACGAGGACGACCUGGGCUUAGGAGGACACGCAGACAGCCUUAAGACGGGCAACGCCGGAGGGCGCGUCGCCUGCGGGGUGAUUGGCCACGCGUGAUUGAUUGGUUGGCUGUGAGUCAUCUGGCUUCACUGAGCUCUCCUGAUGGAGAAGUAGUACCUGUGUUAUUAUUAUAUAUAUUCAGUACUUUCAUAGUUCAUUCGCUUUGAGGAAUAAUCCAUGUGUAUUUUCAGUCUGUCAAUACAACGUGAAUUAUCUUUGUUUUAGUUUGUUUGUUUGUAUGGUGUUUUUACGUUGCAUGGAACCAGUGGCUAUUCAACCUGUGUAUUUGUUCUGAGUAUACCACCUACACAUGAAUACAGUACACCCGCUGUUAGUCCAUAAAUAAAAAUCACCUACACACAAAUAUAGUACACCCGCUGUUAGUCAAUAAAUAAACAAAACUGUAUACUCA